UUCUUAUUCGGACCUUAACUAGAUUUUCAACUUGAAUAAGAGAUGUGACGGCUAUGACUAAACCAACAACGGGGCCGAAGUUGCAGUUUCUGCCUGUAAGACUAGACAAAAAAGAACAAUUCCUGAUGAAUUGAAGUCAGCAGCACGUUCGGAGCAGCCUAAGUAUGUAUGCUUUCGUGCCAACAACAUCAACACUACAAACAACAUAGUUAAUUGCUUCACAAGAAAUUCCGGACCUACUACAUGCCCUCUAUAUAUAUGCAUAUACAUUCCAUCAAUCUGCAAGAGUUAUGUAGUGAUCUUAGCUGCAAAAAAUGUACAAGCGCCAAAGUUUCGUCUCUCUACGUCUGAUCGUUUACUCCCUAGUAGCAUUAGUGGCUAAUGGAGACUACUUGAUUGGAUUAGGAAGCCACGACAUGACCGGUCCAGCGGCUGGAGUGAACAUGAUGGGAUAUGCUAACAUGGAACAGGUCACAGGAGGAAUACAUUUUCGACUCAGGGCAAGAGCGUUCAUCGUGGCAGAGAGUGCAGACGGCUCCAGGAUUGCAUUCGUCAACCUUGAUGCAGGGAUGGCUUCCCAACUCGUCACUAUUAAAGUGCUCGAGAGACUAAAAUCAAGGUAUGGAGACUUGUACAAUGAAGAUAAUGUUGCAAUAAGUGGAACUCACACUCAUGCUGGUCCAGGCGGAUAUUUGCAGUAUGUAACUUAUUCGAUAACGUCCCUUGGUUUUGUUCCACAGUCUUUCGAUGCUCUUGUGAAAGCAAUUGAGCUUAGCAUCGCCCAGGCUCACGAUAAUCUCAAGCCUGGUUCUAUCUUCAUCAAUACGGGGGACUUGGAGAAUGCAGGAAUAAAUAGGAGUCCGAGCGCUUACCUGUUCAAUCCUCCAGAGGAAAGGGCUAAAUAUAAAAGAAACGUCGAUACACUGAUGACCCUUUUGAAAUUUGUGGACAAAAGCAGUGGGAAGAGCAUUGGGGCAUUCAGCUGGUUUGCCACACAUGGAACCUCCAUGAGCAGAGACAACAAGCUUAUUAGUGGAGAUAACAAAGGAGCUGCUGCUAGGUUUCUCGAAGACUGGUUCGCUGCCGGCAACAAGAAUUCUUCUGCUGCUAUAAAUACAAGACUUGAGGGUUCCCAAGGUGCAGUGUUGAACCAAGCAUCAAGAAUUAAGGCCACAGGAGGGCAAGCAUGCUCAAAAACUGCUAGCCAAAGUGCUAAAGUUAGGAAGAAUGAUGGAUCACGAUUUGUAGGGGCGUUUUGUCAAUCAAAUGUUGGAGAUGUCAGCCCUAAUGUGCUAGGAGCAUUUUGUUUAGACAGUGGAAAGCCCUGUGACUUUAACCACUCAUCGUGCCAUGGCAAUGAUCAGCUUUGUGUAGGCCGUGGUCCAGGAUAUCCAGAUGAAAUUUUGAGCACUAAGAUCAUUGGAGAGAGGCAAUUUCAGAAAGCAGUGGACUUAUUUACUUCUGCAGAAGAGGAAAUCACUGGAAAAAUAGAUUACCGGCUCGUGUACCUGAACUUCACAGAUAUUGAAGUUGUGUUAGAUGGUAACCAAGUAGUGAAAACGUGCCCUGCUGCGCUUGGGCCUGGUUUUGCUGCAGGAACCACUGACGGGCCUGGCGUUUUUGGUUUCCAGCAAGGCGAUACUGAGAUUAAUGAAUUCUGGAAGAAAGUAAGGGAUGCCAUUAAAGAACCUAGCCAACACCAAGUGGACUGUCAGAAACCCAAGGCUGUUCUGCUAGACACUGGAGAAAUGUUUUGGCCCUAUGCGUGGGCGCCUGCAAUUCUGCCUAUUCAAAUCCUCAGGUUGGGAAAAUUGAUCAUACUGUCUGUACCAGGAGAGUUCACAACUAUGGCCGGCAGACGACUAAGGGAGGCAGUUAAGGAAACGUUGAUUAGCUAUGGAAAUGGUGAAUUCAAUGAUGACACGCAAGUCGUUAUAGCGGGCCUGACAAACACUUAUUCGCAAUAUGUUGCUACUUUUGAAGAGUACAAGCAGCAGCGUUAUGAGGCUGCAUCAACACUUUACGGCCCUCACACGUUAUCAGCUUACAUCCAAGAAUUCAAAAAGCUCGCACAAACACUAGCAAGAGGAGACAAAAACAUCGGAAAGGGUCCAUCACCUCCCGAUCUCUCUUCCAUCCAAAUUAGCCUCUUGGCCGACCCGUUGGGGGAUUCUCCUCCACCAGGCAUAAAAUUUGGGGAUAUAAAACGGGACGUGAUCACAAAAGGCAAUUUUAAAUUGGGAGAUAGAGUAAACGCCACGUUUUGGAGUGCAAAUCCGAGGUACGAUUUACUGACAGAAGGCACAUUUGCUGUGGUUGAGAUGCUUCAAGGGGAUAAGUGGAUUCCUGCAUAUGAUGAUGAUGAUUUCUCCCUUUACUUCAAGUGGGACGGCCCGUUUUAUAGUUCUGGUUCUUACGGACUUGCUACAAUUGAGUGGGAAGUGCCGCAGGAGGCUAGUGCUGGGAUCUAUAGAUUAAGGCAUUUUGGGUCGUUUAGGACAAUGAAAAACUCCCCUGUCAGUUACUUUACCGGGGCGUCUAGUGCAUUUACUGUGUCUUGAAGGAGUAGCUAUGGCACUUCUUUGAGCAGAAACAAGAAUGAGUACUAAAAACAAUAAUGCAGCCUAGGAUGUUUCAUGGAGAAGGAUUGCACAUUUUCAUUGGGAUAUGGUGAGUUUCCGGGCUUUGGUUGAGAUUGCCAGCAUGCAAAUGUACUGAUCAACACAUACUUGGUGAUCAAGAAUUUAAUUUGAAGUUGAAUAAUUUAAAAAAUGAAGUGUUUUUUUUUCUCCAUUAAAUGCUUUAAAAAGUAAUUGAAAUUUAUGAUUUAAAGGUCAUAACUAAAUUUG